AUGGCGGCGCGCGCUCUGGCGGGCGCCUUGGUGCUGGCGCUGUGGGGCUGGACGCCGGGGCCGGCCGGGGCCGUGGACGCCAUGGGCCCCCACGCGGCCGUCCGUCUGGCGGAGCUGCUGACCCCGGAGGAGUGCGGCCACUUCCGGUCGCUCCUGGAGGCGCCCGCGCCGGACGUCGAGGCCGAGCUGGCCCGGCUUUCCGAGGACCAGCUGGCGCGGCCCGAGCCGCUGCCGACCGCGUCGGCGUCGUCGGGCCGGCUGUGGAGGCGGCGGCGGCGGCGGCGGCAGGCGGCCAAGGACCCGGCGGAGGGCACAUCGGGCGGGUCGCCCGAGCCCGGGGAGGUCUCCGACGGCUGCCGGGAGGCGUUGGCGGGCUGGCUGGCUGCCCGGGCCACGUCCCUGCCUUGGGACCGCGUGGCCCGGGCCUUGCGGCGCAGCGGACGCCCGGACGUGGCCAGGGAGCUGGGCAAGAACCUGCACCAGCAGGCGACGCUGCAGCUGCGCAAGUUCGGGCAGCGCUACCUGCCGCCGCCCGGCGCCGCGGCUCCCGGUGCGGCCCCCGGCCCGGCCCAGCGCCCCAGGCGCGCCGCGGCCCCCACGCCGAAUUGGGACGAGCUGGAGCUGAUCGUGGAGCGCCUGCCCCAGCCCCCGUACGAGCGGAGCCCCACGGGCUGGGCCGGGCCGCUGGCGCUCGGCCUCCUCACCGGCUUCGUGGGGGCGCUGGGCACCGGAGCGCUGCUCAUCCUGGUCACGCUGUGGAUCACCGGCGGCGACGGCAACCCGCCCGCCGCUCCCCGGCUCGGGCCCGCCGAGGCAGCGGGCUGGUGGGAAACAAAGCCGCUUUUGACUACACGGCUCACGUCCCGGAAGGCCUGGGCUGCAGGUGGGCCGGCUUCUCCCGCGCCUCAUGCCCUCCACUGUCAAAAGGGAGCACAGUCCUGCUGGAGUGCUGCUCUGGACAGAUUAUAA